CUCUAUGCUAGUUUAUUUGUUGAAUUUGUUCUAAAUAAUGUCGUGUUUUUAAGUUUUAUUUAGAUAGCACCACUCUUGUAUUGAAGCAAUGUUGAAGAUAGGUGUGCUGUCUGAAUUUUAAGUAUCAAAGUUACAACAAAUCAUAAGAAUAUUUUCAUUCUAUAAUGGGAGGUGGCGAUUUGAACCUGAAGAAGUCAUGGCACCCGUCGACCAUGCGCAACAUGGAGAAGGUGUGGAAGGCGGAGCAGAAGAACGACCAAGAGAAGAGGAGGAUCGCGGAGCUCCAGCGAGAGAUCCGAGAGGAGCGGGCGCGGGAGGACAUCAAGAAGUUGGCGGAAGACACGGGAGUCGUCGAGAAGAAGGACGGGAUGAAACUGGACUGGAUGUACAAGGGGCCCAGCGGGGCCGUCGACCGGGAGGAGUACCUGCUGGGGUGUCGCAUCGACAAGACGUUUGAGCAGAUGGAGCAGGCGGAGAAACCGUCGACGUCCGCCUCGGCCAAGAACUCGGUCGAAUAUGACUGCGUGCCCCCCUCGAUCUUCUCCGGCGGGGACGAGCAGGUGGACAUGGCCCGCAAGCUGCAGGAGGACCCGUUGCUGCUCAUCAAGAAGAAGGAGAUGGAGACUCGGGCCCAGAUCCUCAACAACCCGGUCAAGCUGCGGCAGCUACGCGACAUCCUGAAGCAGAGCAACAAGCCCAGGAAGCACAAGAAGAGCAAGCGGAGCAAGAAGGAGAGCCGGAGGAAGGGCCGGAGCGACAGUGAUAGCGACAGCAGCGACAGCAGCGGGGGGCCGGCCGCCGGGGAGGGGGAGGACCUGGACGCCCUGCUGGUGAGGAAGUACCGCGAGCUGAAGAUGAAGCUGCGCGGGGCUGACAUGGCGGACCUGGGCAGCAGCAGCGGGGACGACGACGGCUCGAGCGGCGACGACGGGGCCCCCGGGGAGGAGCCCCAGGGCCGGAAGAGGCGGCGCGGCGGGGACCCGGGCGAGGACGACGGCCGCCCCGGUGACCUGAGCAAGGGCUACGGCCUGCUGGUGCCAGACUCCAAGAAGCACGCGCAGAGGAAGGCGGCGCGUCCCGACGCCAGGCCGGGGGCGGGGGUCCCGCCCGGGCCCCGGGUAGCGCCCCCGGACGCCCCCAAGCCGUGGGCGAAGCCGGACAGGAAGAGGCUGAGCGAGGCGGAGAUGGAGUCCCGCAGGAGGGAGAUGGUGGACAACGCCAAGUGGAGGGAGGCCGUCCGCGAGAAGAACGUGGCCAAGUACCGGGCCGAGGACCGCAGGGAGCGCCUGCAGCAGGGCAGGAACUACGACGCAGACUUCUCCAGGAAGCAGCUGUCUUAUGCAGCAUCGAAGAGCUCUAUCGAGAGCAGGAUCAAGUCCAAAGUGAACAAUAUCCAGCGGUCGGAGCGAUCCAUGCACGAGAAUUUUGCCAGGAGGUGAUAGGGACAGUGACGACGAGGGUGCGGGUCGCGGGACGGGCGACGGUCAGGCGGGGGCCAGGGCUGCCACCGCGACCAGGCCGAGCGCGCCUAGCAGGACGGCCGCGGGGAACG